AUGUCAAAAGCAUUUAGUGCACCUGGAAAAGCAUUUCUUGCUGGUGGAUAUUUGGUUCUUGAGCCAAUUUAUGAUGCUUAUGUGACAGCAUUGUCAUCACGAAUGCAUGCAGUUAUAACACCAAAAGGAACCAGUUUGAAAGAAUCUAGAAUCAAAAUUUCUUCACCCCAAUUUGCAAACGGAGAAUGGGAAUAUCACAUAUCAUCAAAUACAGAAAAACCCAAAGAAGUUCAGUCACGCAUAAAUCCAUUUUUAGAGGCAACUAUAUUCAUCGUUUUAGCUUAUAUUCAACCGACCGAAGCAUUUGAUCUUGAAAUCAUUAUUUACUCGGACCCUGGAUAUCAUUCACAAGAAGAUACUGAAACCAAGACAUCCUCGAAUGGAGAAAAAACUUUUCUUUACCAUUCUCGUGCCAUUACCGAAGUGGAAAAGACCGGAUUAGGUUCAUCGGCAGGAUUAGUGUCAGUUGUUGCCACAAGUUUAUUAUCCCAUUUUAUCCCCAAUGUUAUCAGUACGAAUAAAGAUAUUUUGCACAACGUUGCACAGAUUGCACAUUGUUAUGCCCAAAAAAAGAUAGGAUCUGGGUUUGAUGUUGCAACUGCAAUUUAUGGUCUGAUUGUAUAUAGAAGAUUUCAGCCAGCUUUGAUAAAUGACGUGUUUCAGGUUCUAGAAAGUGAUCCUGAGAAGUUCCCCACAGAGUUGAAAAAAUUGAUUGCAAGUAACUGGGAAUUCAAACAUGAAAGAUGUACAUUACCACACGGAAUCAAGUUAUUAAUGGGUGACGUCAAGGGUGGCUCAGAAACACCCAAAUUGGUAUCACGAGUACUCCAAUGGAAAAAGGAAAAGCCAGAAGAAAGCUCUGUUGUGUAUGACCAGCUUAAUAGUGCCAAUUUACAGUUUAUGAAGGAAUUGAGGGAAAUGCGUGAAAAAUACGACUCAGACCCAGAGACUUAUAUUAAAGAGUUAGAUCAUUCUAUUGAGCCUUUGACUGUUGCGAUUAAGAACAUCAGAAAAGGGUUACAAGCAUUAACACAAAAAUCAGAGGUUCCAAUUGAACCUGAUGUCCAAACCCAGUUGUUGGACCGUUGUCAAGAGAUUCCUGGUUGUGUUGGCGGUGUGGUUCCAGGUGCUGGUGGAUACGAUGCAAUAGCUGUAUUAGUGUUGGAAAAUCAAGUGGGAAAUUUUAAGCAGAAAACUCUUGAAAAUCCAGAUUAUUUUCAUAAUGUUUACUGGGUUGAUUUGGAAGAGCAAACAGAAGGUGUACUUGAAGAAAAACCAGAAGACUAUAUAGGUUUAUAA